AUCAUUUGUAUGCUUCAUCACUGCACACACACUAUGUUUGUGGACUGAAAUGUUGCUUUGCACAUUUUAAAACCUUAUUGCGUUCCCUUUACAGUGCAUUCUCACCGUCAUCGUCAUCAUUGUCGACAUACUGCCUUUGGUCAAAAUCACCGGCAGCGUGUCCGAGUUCAUCCCUAUCUCGAAAGCGGAGUAGGAGUAGAGUCUGAGUAAUUGCUUUGGAUGCGUGACCACCAAGCCCAGGGGUCGGCAAACCAAAAUAACAAGAAGAGCCGUUCGUUUAGAAUUUGGUAAAAAUAUAGAAAUAUUUCAAGAGACGAAAUGCGCGUUAAUAACGUCACGAAGCCGUCUUUGUGUCUAACGUUCCUCCUGGUGUGGUUGUGUCAACAUGAGCGUGGGAGAGACAGUCAGUCAAAGUGCAAAUUCUGACCACACCGCCACCCACAAGCCCUUGUGUGCCGUUGCGGCUUCCAUAGGUGCUCACGAACAGACACACACACACCUGUCGGACUCGCCACCACGCCACUACCUUUAGCACUAUCCCCCCUAGCCCAGGGGUCGGCAACAAAAAAUAGCAAGAACCAUUUUUUUCUAAUUUUUGUUUAAAAAAAAAGUCAAUAUUUCGAGAGCUGGAAAAGCCCGUGAAUAACGUCACGGAGCGGUCCUUCAAGAGCCGCAGUUUGUCGACCCCUGACGAUGCCGAACAGGUUUUUGUUGAAGGCCGUCUUCUGGGGAAAUGUUUGUGGGCUGCAGAAAACAGUGUGGCAAGAACCAUUCUUGUACGGACCUCUUUAAGUUGGUUCGCUGGAGAAGUGAAGCAUUGUAUUUUCCGGUGCCCAUUCAACAAUGAGGACUUCAGCGAUGAUACGCAUGCUGCUGGCCGGGACUAUAACGGUGCUGGUGCUGUAUUUAGGCCACCGGAUGGUGGAGAGCAGGUUUCACAAGAAUCUGCGAUUCCUCGUCGACGACACAGUCGGCACUCCUCGGCGAUCAGACCCGAAGCUGCUCGGUUACAAAUGCGGGCUUGCCGAGGCGUGCCCGGAGAAACACUUCGCCUUCCGAUUGCUCUCCGGGGCAGCCAACAUCGUGGGACCCAAAAUCUGCCUGGAGGAUCAGAUAAUUAUGAGCAGCGUGAAAAACAACGUCGGGAGGGGGAUGAAUAUUGCUGUGGUGAAUGGAAUGACGGGUGAACUCACGAUUACAAAGUCAGUGGACUUGUGGGGAGGGGAUGUUAAUGAUCUCAUCAUCUUUCUGAAGAGCAUACAGCAUGGGUCCAUCGUUAUGAUCGCGUCCUUUGAUGACGCGGCCAGCAAGUUGAACGACGAGGCUCGGAAUAUGCUGAUGGAGUUGGGUAGCAGCUUCAUCGGUAACUUGGGAUUCCGUGACAGCUGGGUCUUUGUGGGAGCCAAGGGCAUCAGGAUGAAGAGCCCAUUUGAAAGGCACAUCAAAAAUAACAAGGAGACCAACAAAUACGAGGGCUGGCCCGAGCUGAUCGAACUCGAAGGAUGCGUCCCACAGAAAGUGGAAUGAUGGGCCCAUCUUUGCCUCCCGCAAGUUUGAGCGCAGCGCGAAACGUUUUGACGCGCGCAUGUUACGUAUACGUUUACCGUUUCAGGAAUGUUAUAAAUAUUUUUUUAAUUGAAGCUAUAUUUAAUUUAAUCGGAUUUAUGCGCGGCGGAGAGUCUCGCCCGCCCAUCCGUCGUCUGGUCUCUCUCUGUACAAUCCGCGGGAACAGUUUAUGUGAAUCUUGUAACGAUAGCCGGCUGCUUGCGCUCAUUAGCCGAACGAAGCACAAUUAAGUUUAUUUUCGGCGUUUGGCGCACACGCGCGAGGAGAGAUCGAGGUCCGUGCAAUUUUCAUAUCACUUACCGCUCGCGCACGGGGACUCUCAAGCGAAAAUCUACGCCGGUUUUUUACUUUCCUCCCCCGGCACGUUCACUGCUCGGGUUCCCUUUGGGUCCCGUUAUUAUUUACAAGCCCUCCAGCAACGGCCUACUUGGAAACACUUUGGGCUAAGCAUUGCCAAGACUGUACACUAGAUAUGCCACUUACACAUUUCUCGCGCGUCCAACGGAUACGUUUUCCGCAAUCAGCAUUUUCUGUUUUAAUUCCCGUACCCGAUUGAAUGUAUAAUGAGCGUGUAGGUGAUUCGUGGAGGUGGAGAGGAGGGUAGGGGGGGGGUGGGGGCUCUGCUGGUUUGAUAUUUAUGUUCGCCUUGUUAUGGUGUUGGAGUUACUUUUCUAAAAACUUUAUCGCGGAGAAUUGUCAACUGUAGUGACCUCCUCCGUGGCACCAAGUGCUGCUUCAGGCCAUUUCGAUUUUUAGGUGCGAAAACCACGUCGAGCCUCUUCCUCUUUUGCAGGAGGGGGGGGAGGGAGGAGGUCCUGUUUUUAAGUUGUUUGAUCGAUAAUAGUUUUCCUUUCCUCUUCACGUUUGUAUUUGGGAGGAAACCCGGAGUUCCCGAAGAACCCCGCGAACAGACGUGUGGGCAACGACGCUCACAACUCUGCAACGAGUUUGUCGGGCAAAACCUCCUUGCUGUACUUGCCCCGCUCCCGUAGGCACAAGCACGGCCUUGCACCGUUGCCAUGUCAAUCACCGGUCGACCGGAGACCCCCCCCCCCCGCUCCCCUCCCUCCGCGGAGCCGCUGGCUUACUGGCAUGCCCUGGCCAGACCGUUUUGGUUAGCGAUGGGCAAAAUGCUAAAACUGCAUUGAUCGGGUGGGGAGGCGUGCGUAAUAGUCCUCCUAAUGUCGUUCGUGGUUCUGUGAUGUCAUGCCAGUGGCAAUGAGCAAUAACUUGAAGCUGGAUUGUACGUACGUUGAAAAAAAAAAAGUGAUUUGCAAUCAUCGUGCCGACCAGACUGCUGUGGAAUCGCUUUAAACUUAAAUCAAAAAUACUAAAUUGGACUCGUAUGGAUUUACUUCUAACGUUAUUCUAAAUCAAAUAGUGCAAAAUAUAUAAAUAAUGUGUGCGUGCAACGGGAUUGGCUAUCAUGUGGUUGGCGGUGAACUGAAACGGCAGCCUGAAGCGUGGAUUAUUUUUUUUAGACACGUUGAUGAAGUUUAUAGAAAGGAAGACGUUUUAAUAAUUAGGCUUUUGAAAUCCGGCAUUUGGGAGACCCUAGAACGAAAUUCUUCUCCAUUGGGUUGAAUUUUUUCCCCCCUCUUGUAAAAUAUCGUGACAUUUUGUAUGCAUCGGUUUUUUUAGCCAAUUUUGGAAAUGUAAUACUUGACAUAUGGGUGGCAAUGCUACCUAAUGUAGAGUUGUCAUAAUUUGAACGCCUUUUGUAUACAUGCCUACCGUUAAAAAUGCAUAUUACUCCCACGAUAGGCGGUGAAACUAAUGUCACGGGUUGGCCCUGAAGGCCAGCCAUGCAGAGCCUUUGCGUGCAAAAGUAUCGCGCAUCGUUGUCUUCACGAUUUCGUUGUGUUUGUGUUCCGGAUUCGGCAUCAUGCCGUGUUUAUAUUCCAGAGCAUUUUGUUGUUGUUGUUGGUCUCAAUCCCCGCUGCAUGACGAGAGCCCCCGCGGUCAUGCCUCGUUGGCCACGUGGGAUGUUAUGGCCGUGCAUCACAACGCUGGUCAGCAUGGAUUUGUUGGGUUAGGGGAGGAAGUGCAGAAUUACAAUGGGUUUGGCUGCACUGCCUUCCCGUCUACUGCACACAAUGUCUGCGUGUUCCUCACUCAUUUUCAGAGGGGGGGGGGGAGGGGGCGGCCCCUUUCGGCGAUAAGUUAUCGGCUUGAGGGCCGCCACAUCGCUACUGAAAAAAGGGGUGUUUUUCCAUUGUUUUGUAUUGCUGGGGACUGGCAGUGGCCCCCCGCGGGCCUUACAAAUGAAUAAUUCUGGUCUAUUACAUCUGUGUUGGCAACUCUUAUGCAUGGCGGUCACCAAUUCGAGCACUGAUCAGACUCAAACCAGCUUUGCUUCUCAAUUCGGGCGCACUGCGGGUGUUUUGGUCAAAGGCCUCACUUCUACACACUGACGCAUCCGCGAGAGACGGGCUUUUAAUAAUUAAAUUAGCCUGGAAUUUUCCUCAACUGCCGAACCAAUAUUGGAGAAUUCGCUGCCAUUUUAAUUACCUCUAAUGCUAGGGGAUGAGAGUUCUUCUCGGAUCAAAACCGACACCAGGCCUCUAAAUCGGUUUUAUUUUUCAUUGUAAAACACGAGAGCGAGACUUUCUUUCGUUCUUUCUCCACAAUGUUGUCCCGAUUUUGUGCUAUCGGCGCCGCGCUACUGUGGGAUGUAAGCGUCCGUUCGGAAACCUCUCGCGGCACAGUGCAAUGGAGAACGGCCCACGGCAAGUGGAUGCCGCGGAGCUAACGCUGAGGUGCUUUUUCAAGACACCGCGGCGGGGAAAUCGGCGGGACCACCCGUCCCGGCGACAACAAACUCGAUCGGAUGGCGCUCCACCGACAAAAACAUUAAUUUGCUGGGCGCAAUCCGCUCUUGUCAAAGAACGUGGCGGCGAUGUUCCUUGCGGACUGGCGCGCUCAGCCUCUAUCCCCUGCGUGCACAUGGCACGAGCGCUGCUGGUGCCAUCGUUCACGGCGUGUUGCGCACGGGCACUGCACGGAUGAACGAACAGUAGCUGGUCAUGUGACGGUGCGUCAAUCAGAAUCCAUUUUACACGGACGCGAUGCAGAUGACAGGCAGCACAAACGCGAGAUUGAGACCAGACGUACGACACUCGCAAUGUAAAAAUGUGACACGGGACGCGACAUGGGAUGAAGGUGUACGAUCCAAAUGAGACGGUGCAAAUCCGCCAUGCGAUUCCUGCAGUAACAUGAAGUAUGGGACCUAUAACACAACGAGACGGAGCGUACAAGAUCUUGCAAUAAAUUACCAACUGCACGUGAAUUCCAAAACGAGACGAUGCAAACAAGAUGGUCCAAACUAAAUAAACUCUAACUGAUUCUUGCAA